GAUAUCGGCUCGCAUACGCGCUCAGUCGUACUCGAGCCUUGCUCGCGUAUGGACGUUUGUCUUCUUUUCGUAUCUCUACUGAGUAAAAAAAAAAAAAAAGAAAAGAAUACUUUGGGUGAAAUAUUUGGCACAUAGUAGUAGUUUAUAUAGAGUUCAUCAGUCAGUCAGUCAGUCAGUUAGUCAGCAGCGCUUACUCGUUGUGCGUAUUAUCACCGAGAAAACACUUUUCACUAAAUUUUCUCUUAUAUUAUAUUUUGAUCCUUUCGAUUAAUCGGAUUGAUCAUUAGAUUUGUUAUUGUUGUUUUAAUUUUAUUCAUUUUCGUAUCGAAUUAAAAACGAUACGAUACGGUACGGUAGUACUACGUUACCUUACGGUAUAUAUAAUACGUGUGGUAAAGGUGCAUAAAGGUUUUUUUUUUUGAAAUAUCAGACAGAUCGUAAUUAAUAAUCUACGUGGGUGUUGUUAUCCGUAAAUAAAGAAGAAACGAAGAGGAAGAAAAAAAAAACUAAGAAAAUAAGGAUUAAAAAAUUGGAAGAGGUUCGGUUUGGACAGUGUCGUUUCUGUUCUACUAUUAUACUAUUACUACUACAACAUAGUAUUAACAGCGGUCUCGAGUAACAGUGAUAAUCACGGACCGCUUUAAACGGUGCGCGAGUGACGCUCUCGAUCCUAACGUGUUCCGAUUAACUUCGUUCCGUUACGCGUAUUCCCUCGAGUGUGCGCUCCACAAUAUAUAUAUAUAUAUAUAUAUAUAUAUAUACAUAUACUAUAUAAAACGAGAGAACUCGCGGGAGUAGAAAAGAGGAACAAAGAACAACGACGUGCCUACUAUUAACUAUUACUAUCUUUUACGCUACUACUACUACUCCUUUGUGUAUAUCUUUUUCUCUCUGCUCAGUGUAUAUAAGAAAGGAUAAAGAAAACAAGAAGAAGAAAUAAAUAGUGAAAAAAAAAAAAGUAAAAGAAGGAAAAGAAAUAGGUAGCAAGAAAGGGAGAGGAUUUCGUCGUCGUUAUAUCCUUCCUUCUAUCUUUCAAUAUAACUAUUCUUUCCCUCCAACUGUACUUCGUCUUCUAGUUUCAACUCUACUUUUCGCAAAGAGAAAUAAUAAUACAUAGCAGCAACAGUAGCAGUUGCAGUAGCAGUAACAGCAGCAGCAAAAGAAGAAGAAGAAGAAGAAACAGCAGCAUCAACAACACCAUAGGCAUCAUCGUUGUUCGUGUCAUUUGUAUCUUUGUAACGUCAGACGACGAAACAGCGACGACGACGACGACGACGACAUCAUCGAAUUGUUUCUUGAGAAGCUAAGAUGAGAUUGGAAGAAGAUUUAGUGAUUCGUAGGAGCAGACCCACGAUGAUUUCGGCAAAAUAUCGUGCGAGAGAAGAACGUCGUAGAUUAUUGAAAAUCUCGGCAGGAAAAUUACGUAGAAUCGAGGAUCCCGAAGCUAGUUUGUGCAGAUCUGUGUUAAUAAACAACGCAGUUAGACGAUUGCAGCGUGAAAACCGGGACGAGAAGACUAGGAAUUAUGGACUUCCGGUGGUCACGUAUUUGAAUGACUCGACGAAGGAGAACAACGUUUCUAGUAAUCUUAUCGUUGACGAUGACAAUUCCUCGAGAAAGAGGCUAGCCGAUGAUAUAAGGAACGAAGGGCUUAGUACGAAACGUCAAAGGCACGACGAUUUGGAUUUACAAGAUGACGUUUUCAGUGACUUUUACAUCCUACCACCGACCCCCAGAUUACUAUCGCAUAUCGAUGACGUUCACGACGCUGAAUCGGCUCAUCAUCACUUGGUUUAUACAGAGGAUCGUUUAGGUGGUACGAUUGAUGUAAGUGAUCCUACAAAUCUGAUCGAUCCAACGUCAACGGCGAAUGUAACCUCAACGACAACAACGACACCAACGAUACCAAUAGCAGUAUCAUCCUCAACCUCAACGACGACGAUAACUGGGAACGUUCAUAACAAUUGCAACAAUUCUGGUUUCUUUUCAACUGAACUGGACGAUCCUAGCACACAAUUAUCAUCGGCAAGCAGAUCAACGGACGUUAGCAUGAUGGAAGUUGGUGACGUAGUUGACCCAGACAGGAUUUGCGACUUUGCCAGGUUCGCGGACUCCGCUAAAACGUUGGAGGAACGACUGGUCGAAUUGCAAUCGCUCGAUGAACAUUUUGAUUUAGCCAAAUUCGAAAGGAACAACAAUCAGAGCUGCGGAAGAGCUUUCCACGACAUCCAAACUUUCCACAGCCUCGUUCCUGGCUUAGAAACCUAGAGAAAAGUUAUAUGCCACGAGCAACAUACUUUCCUCGUCUCGUCUAAAUCGUUUUUUGAUCAUACGAACAAGAACAAGAAUAAUAAUCAUGCCGACGACGACGACGAAGACGAGGAUUAAUGAUAAUAAUUAUAAUAGUAAUAAUAACAAUGAUGAUGAUGAUGAUGAUGAUGAUCACGAUGAUGAUAAUGAUGAUGAUGAUGAUGAUGAUGAUGAUGAUAACAGUAAUGAUGACUUCGAUAAAAAUGAAGACGCGAAUGAGCAAGCGGGUCUUCGCUUUCGCAGUACGCACAAAGAAUCACCAAGAGGAUGAACCUAAAAAUGCAGAAAAACAAAAGAAAAACCAUAAUCUACAAAGUCAACGAUUAUAUUAUAUCGAAGAGAGUAGUAAAUCGUGCUCGUAUAUAUCAAAUACCGUUGAACGAUCAAUAUAUAUAUAUAUAUAUACUUGCAUGAAAAUAGAGAUGAAGGAAAAUAAAAAAAAAAAAAAAAAAGAAAGAGAGAAGAGCUUCGUUUUUUCGUGGCAAAAAACUCGGAGGGAGAAAAAGAAAAAUGUAAUGUAAGAAAGAGAGCGAGAGAGAGAGAGAGAGAGAGUAAGAGAGAGAGACUUCUUUGUUCUCUUUGUAAUAUCGCGAGAAGAAGAAGAAGGAACUGUGUGGAACGGAAAAAAGAAAAAUAAUUUCGAACUCGAGUCCUCUCUCGUUUGAUCCUUUUCUAAUUCUAUUUUUUCUUUUUUUUUUCAUUUACUUUUAUUUUUUUUUUUCUAUUUCCAAUAUAUUGGGUGGAAAG